AUGGGGCGGUUUGCAAAGAACAUGCCCAUCCCCAGCGGCGCUGGCGCCUUGGGCCCCUUGGCCACUCUGGAGGACUGCAACGCGGGCGUUGUGGAUGUGGAGACGGACGUGCCGGAAUCCCUUGGCCACGUUGAGCGUUUGGUGGAGCUUCGCUUCGCGAGGCUCCGGCAGCAGCUCCUGCUGGACUUUGAGGCCCGCUUGCAGUCGCUGGAAGCUGCUGUGGCGUCAAUUGACGAUGUAGCGCACCAGAAGAGCCUGAAAAGCGAAGAACAGGUGGACAUUGGACCUGGGAACAGUGGAAAUGGGAACCACAUGAGCCCUGUAAGCCCCGAGCCGUCAGAGGGCAAGUCCAAGGACGGCUCCCAGUCCCUGGACGUGAGGAAGGCGGAGGAGGAGGAGGUCACGGAAGUCUGCUUCGAGGAAUCCGUGUGGACGGUGCCCAUUUUGCUGUGCUUGUCGGAGUUGUACAUUGGCUGGUUUGAUACCCUCUUUGCCGCCACGCUCAUCUUGCUGAACCUCGCCAUGCAGGCUUCUUUCUCGGGCAUCCUGCUGUCGCGGGCCUUCAUGGGGGAGGACUUUGUCAGCAAGAUUUCCAGCGCGAAGAUUUGGCGCACCAGUGUAGCCCACGACUACAAGCACUUGGACUUAGCCGACACCAGUUUGGUGUCCCGAGUUUGCAACGGCGACGAGGCUCUGAUCCUGUCGACCAAUCAGGCCACCCUGAUUGAGCAGAUCAACAGCUUCCUGGGCCUGCAGACAUCGGAGUUCUACGAAGGGGCCUUCCAGCCGGGCGUUCUGCUGUGCAUGCUCUGCGUGGUCCUUUGGACGCUGUGUGUGUACAAGGAGUUUCGGCUGAUUUGGAUGCAGUUCGAGAUGGUCUUGGCCAUCCCCCGCGGGCGCAGGACCUCCUUCCACCGGAGGGCUUUCCGCCAGAUCUCGUGUGGCCGGGUGGUGAUGAUGCUUGUGGUGGGACUGGCAAGGGCAGCCAUCGCUUCCAUCCUCAUGGUGGCAGGCAUCCUUUGGCUCUCACGGACUACCUCUAUCCAGGAGUUGAUGCUGAACGCCGUAGCGCUGAACGCCAUCCUGGACGUGGACGAGUUCCUUUUCGUGGGCAUGACGCCCGCGAAGAUAAAUGAGGCGGUGAGGAAGCUGAAGCCGCGGCGAGUGAACUACAGCCACCAGCGCUCCCAAACGGAGUCCGCGGUGCACUUCGCUUCGCUUCUGGUGGUCGUGGUCCUGUCAUACGUGCUGCUGCUGGAGCCGUUGAAGCGAGCGAUGCUUGAUGUGAAGACCGAGAUGUGCUACGGCAACCAGACCUUUGUGGUGUCGUAUAAUGCGGAGACGCAGAGAACCAUUGGCUUGGUCACGGUACCUUCUCGUGAUAUAGGCAACGACUCCAUCAGCGAGAUUGCUGUGGACGCGCACAAGGCAAUCUCCCCCGAGUCCACGCCGAAAGACGGCUUCGCCACCUACAUCACCUUUGCGCCCAACAUCGACCUCUUUCAAGAAAGGAGGUCCCGGAGCAUGAAGGAAGAGGCCACCGCCUUUCCCUUCUGCGUGGAGGCUCGCCUGCUCAACGCCUCCGGGGACUUGUAUGGUGACCCCUCCAUGCAACCCCUGGCCACACAGCUGGUGAAGACUGCCGCGGCCACGGUGGGGCGGCAGGACGCCACUAGCUGCCAGGAGCUGCAGGACAUGUGCCACCGCCUGGACGCCCGACUCUUGCGCUUGGUCUGUGGCCAAACCUGUGAAUGCACGGACCCCUUCAGCUCGCCCUGGUACAAGACAGAGGCGCAGGGUUGCUCCUCCACGUGUUUGCGCCUUGCGCGUCGCAACAAGCCCAACAACCACUGCGAGGAUGUGUCGGCCUCCCACGCGGGCUGGCGGAACUUCUGGGCCCGGUACCCGGACGUGGCGGCGGCCUACUUCGAGGGCGCCCAGUCCAGCCAGCACGGGCCCAUCGUGAACCAGACGAUGUCCAGGAUGCUCUCGGGCGGGUGCGAGGCCCUGAGGCGGUUCCCGACAGACGCCUUGAUGGACACGGAGUGGUGCGAAGGCAUGCCAGACCUGUUCCGGCCUUUGGCGCAUUUGUGCCCCCAGAGCUGUGGCUGCAACAUCUCGGCAGAGGAUAGCAAGCUCUUCACGGUGAGCAACGAGGAGUUGCAGCGACUCCGCCAGGAAGAGGAGUUCCGGCGCCGUUAUGAGAAGGACCGGGAGGAGGCCUCAGAUCAGGAGCCAGAAGUGGCGGAGGCGGAGGAGGACACAGACAAGAAGCGGAAGGCUGAGGACGCCGUCGGAGGCGAAGGCUUGGAGGAGCCAGAGCAGAAAGUGGCCAAGCGCCGCGCUCGGGCAGGACCCAGGAGGAUGGGCAAGAAGACGAUGACUGAGCCUCGCCGCAUUUCAGGCCAAAGGUUGCCUGACGGCGAGGAGAGUUUGAUCAGCAAAGAGUUGGCCAAAGAGCUGAGGGAGCACUACGAGGAGCUCUUCGCCGGGAAGUUUCCCACAGGCGUCUACCCCGAUGAGUGGCACUGGCGGGAGGGCAUCUCCAAGCCGGACAAGUUCCGGGAGAUCGUGAACGCCUGGAAGAGCUCGCCGCUGGUGGCGUCGGUGGCGCUGAGCGCCCAGGUGGCGCAGAAGGCAGCGGCGCUAAUGGGCUGGGAGGCGGUGCGCCUGGCGCAGGAGGAUGUGCUGUGGAAGCCCCCAGGCGCCAGCGGUGUGGGCUACCACCAAGACUCAGCGUACAUUUCCCAAAACUUCCGGCCUCUGGAGAGCAAUUCCGUGACUGUCUGGAUUGCGCUGGAUGACGCGGAUGCGGAUACCGGCGUGGUGGAGUACGCCGUGGGCUCCCACCGCUGGCCGGCCUUUGAGUCCAGCGCCGUGAACUCCUCCUUUCACGGCGCCAAGGACGAGCUCGCCGCGGUGCGCGCCGCCGCAGAAGCCGCGAAGGCAGAGCUCGAGAUUCGGCGCCUGGCAGUGCCUAUGGGGGGCGCGGUGUUCCAUCACCAGGACACGUGGCACGGCUCCGGGCCAAAUCGCACCAGCGACCGGCCCCGGCGCGCUUUGGGCGUGCACCUGCUGCGGCGCGACGUCACCUUCAGGGCGGAGCCGCCGCCGGACUACAUCUACGGGCGCUACGUGCUGGCGGAAAACUCGGAAGAGGUAUCCGAGCAGUUCUUCCCCAUCACCUGGACGCCUUCAGGCUACGUGAGCCCCGUGGUGCGACGCUUGCUGAAGAAACGGAAGGCGCGGAGGGCUUGCAGGACGUGGCUUCGAGGCAUUUGUGAAGAGCUGCAGGACAGUGCCCUCGGGCCGCGCGGGGCCGACAUGCUUUCACAGGGCUCCGCUCCGAAGCGCCAGAAGUGUCCUAAGGUCGGCUUUACAGACAUGGCCUUUGCGCUCAUUUGCGCCCACUUCCCAGCAGCGCUCAAAGGAGACGAGGCCUUGCAGGUGGAGGGCGGCCCGCCAGCCACUGCUGAGGACCUUGCGAGAUGCUGGCUUGCUACGCUCAAGGCGCAGCACCAGGGAGAUAUCACCGAGCGGGACGAGGAAUUCGUACGAAUUAGGGUCAAGCAGACCAUGCGCGAGGUAGAUCCGCAAGGCCUGGGCAAGGUCGGCAUUGACAUUUGGUGCAACCACAUGCUGCUGACCCGCUCCAGCCCGGCAGCUAUGCGAGCCAUGUUGCAUAUCAACCGCCUCUUGGAGUCCUCAUUGCAAUCAUGCCCUAGCAUCCUCGUUGCCUUGCAGCAUAGCUUCGAGGUGGCUGAAGGUCAACUGGGGACGCCAACGGCGCUGGCCAUGGGAUGGGAAGAAGAUCCCGAAGGCAUUCCCUUCGAGGGCUUCGACCGGGAGCAUCCGCUGCCGUCCCCUCGUUACUUCGAGGUGGCACCGGAGGUUACCCCUGAGACGGAGGUCACAGCGAGCGACUGCCUAGACGAGAUGGGCCACGGCCGAGUCUUGAAACUUGAGGAGAUCCUGGAGCUGUUCACCCGGAAGUUGUGGCACCUGCGCCCUAAGUUUGAUGGCCCCAGCAAGCGACGCACUGACUUCGCAUACACCAACCCUGACGAGUUUGUGCAGCAGACCAUCACAGCCAUGGAGCUGGAUAGGCUCACUCCUGUCUCGUCUGCGGACUUCUUGGCCCUUUGCCUUGGCCGGCAGGAAUGGCCGGUGGUUCUCCACCUCUAUGACCUAUCCCGAGGCCUGGCAUCUAUGCUGAGUCCACUACUGCUCCACCAAAGCCUGGAGGGCGUAUGGCACACCGGCAUCGUUGUCUACGGGAAGGAGUACUACUUCGGAGGGGAUAUCUUCUACGAUACUCCCGCGAACACCGGCUUCGGGGUGCCCAGGCUGGUAAUCCCUUUGGGCACCACGUUGCGGCAGCGUGACGAGCUCCAUGCAUUUAUUGUGGACGAGCUCAAGCCGAUUUUCAACCGAGAGGCCUAUGACGCAGCCCGCAACAACUGCAACCACUUCACAGACCGCGUGAGCCUGUACCUUGUGGGCCGGCACAUUCCGGAGGAAGUGCUUGAUCAGCCACAACUACUGCUGGACACAGCCCUGGGCCGUGCGUUGCGCCCGGCCAUCAAUCGCAUUCUGGGCAGGCGCUUUGAGCCCAACACAAGUGCUGCCACUAUCUCAGCGUCCAGCGUUGGCCAGGAGCACAAGACAUGGGCCUCAGGCUGGAAGUGA